GGCCCAAUCACGGCGGAGGGGGAGGGCAGUGAUACGUCGAAUAGUCGUGUGUGCCAUCCAACUGGUCUUACCCCGCUCCCCGACUGCGCUUCGCGUCGCACCUCUGGCCUCUUGCCGCUCGAGGGCCUAGGUGAGCGUGGUGGUUCACCCCCAGAGCGGUGGUUGGGUGCAUUAUCUGCUGUUUAAAUAAAGGUCUUGCCGUGUCCCCUCUGGAUCUGGUCGCAAGUCGUGACUUCCUUCUUCAUUCAAAACAACCAUAGCUCAAAGAACCAUUUCCUGCCAUCCUCAGCAUCCGUCACUUCUCACACGGCCGCCUUCUGCCUGACAGACUGGUCACCUUCAUCCAAAUCCACACACUCUCGUACUCGCCGUCCAAAGAGUAUCAACUCUGCGGCAUUUCAUCAACCACUCCACUCAUCACAUUCACCACAAAACAACAGCCACAAUGCCCGUCCGCAUUCCCAAGGCCAGAGGCUCCGAGAUUGCCACCUUUGGCGUGGCUGGCGUCGCCGGCUUUGCCCCCUUCUACAUGAUGAUGCCUGGGGCCGAGAAGCGCCUGGCCGACCAGACCACCAAAUGGGCACCUCGGUGGGAGAAGAACAUCUCACACUUUGCGCCUCCCGCUCGUAUCGUUGCCCAACGCGCCUCCCCACACAUCGAGAAGACGGUCAAAAAGAUCGAUGACCGCCUACCCCUCGAGAAGGUCACCACCAAGAUCUCGAACCAAACCCAGCGUAACUUUGACCGCUUGGGCGAGCCUCUCACCCGCUCCAAGUCUUCAUAGCGGACACAGACGCCUUUGAUUAUGACCAAACAAGAGUAAAAUGACACCCCAUGGAAGGAAGACAGGGAUACUAGAACAGCUUCAAUCUUAGCAUAGCAGGUGUACUCGUCCUGGUUUCUUGCCCCUAUGGCGUUCAUAAAAUCCACGAAAAACAAUUGAAAAUGGAUCAUCACUACAAA